GGCGUUACCAGUUAGCAGCAGAGAGGCGUUGCUCUGAAGUAGAUCAGCUUGUCUGUACUAUGUUGGACACUGAUACGCUGCACCAAAUGGAUGGACUUUGGGACUGAAUAUGCCAGGUUUUGGGUAACCAGGAUGUUCAAUGGAAGUGAUGAGAAUCCAGGCUUUCCACACCCUCAUAGCCAAAUGACUGCGUUCACAACGCUGGCUUAUACGUUCACCUUUUUGCUGGGAGUCCCCGGCAAUAUUAUGGUGCUUUGGGUCACUGGUGUGAAGAUGAAGAGGACGGUGAACACCAUUUGGUUCUGGAACCUUGCUGUGGCUGACAUCAUGUGCUGUUUGUCUCUUCCAUUCUCCGCCAUCCAGUUAUAUUACAAUGAAUGGUUAUAUGGUGCUGCGCUCUGCAAGAUUAUCCCGGCCAUAGUCAUCCUGAACAUGUUCGCCAGCAUCUUCACCUUGGUGGCCAUCAGCAUUGAUCGUUGUGUUCAGGUAGUCCUGCCCGUGUGGGCCCAGAAUCACCGCAGCCUACGCAUGGCUUGGUUCAUCUGCCUGGUUAUUUGGAUAUUAUCAUUCAUUAUGUCAAUGCCCGCCUUUCUCUACAGACACUUGUCCACAGAUCACAACAUCACCAGCUGCGAGCACCAGUUCGGUGGCCAUGAUGACGCCAUUUAUGAAGAUGCUGUGGAUUCCAUUGACUUUGUUUACAAUGGCUUCUUCAGUCACAAUGAAUCUGAUGUUUCCUCAACCAUUGGUCUUGAACUCCCUGACUUUGGUCUGCACACGCACAUCUCUAAUGCUGAAGUUACCGUCACAGUUUCACGUAUGUUAUUCGGGUUCUUGUUCCCUCUCUUGAUCAUUGCUGCUUGUUACAUUCGUCUGGCUCUUAAAGUACAAAAUAGCAGGUUCCUCAAGGUGGGCAGAAAAACGACCAAGGUGGUAUGGUGCAUCAUCUUAGCCUUUUGCUUUACCUGGGCGCCCUACCACAUCAUCGGCAUGGUACUAUUGUACGUUCAGAACCCAAUUACGAAAAAUCUGAAUGACAUCUCUGUGGCUUUGGCGUUCUGCAACAGUUGCAUCAACCCAGUGCUCUACGUCUUCAUGGGCAAAGACUUCAAGACCAAGAUGAAACAGUCUUUGCGGCAGCUCAUGGAAAGCGCCUUCAGCGAAGAAGUCACUAAAACCACUGAACAUAGCAGGAUGAGAAGCUCCAUCCAAAACAGUUUAGACGUCUGAGGAGAUUAAACUACUUAAAGGGUGAGAGGAAAAAAUGAGGGGAAGGCACAUCUAUUGAUAGCGGUGUUCAUGGUGAUACACCAAUCAUAAUGCACACAAGCUGUCACGAUCCGGGGUCCAGCAGUAUAUUGAUGACACCUGCGGGGUGCACGUAAUCUAGCUGAAGGAUCAAUGUACCACAAAACCCAGGGCUGGUGCAAGGAUUUUUGCCACCCUAGUUGAAAGCUAAUUUUGCCACCCCUUGACCCUGCCCAUAGGCUCUGCCCUUUGACACGCCCCACCUUGGGGUGACACUCUGUAACAAACCCCCUCAUCAUGUAAUAACUUUUACUGGGGUGACACACUGUAGCAAACCUCCUUCCCAUGUAAUCUCCUUACUACUGGGGUGACACACCAAACAAACCUCCUUCUCAUGAAAUAUCCUUACUACUGGAGUGACACACUGUAACAAACCUCCUCCUCAUGUAAUCUCCUUACUACUGGGGUGACACACUGUAACAAACCUCCUCCUCAUGUAUUUACCUUACUACUUGGAUGACACGGUGGUACUGGCUGGGUGGGUGCUUGGGGUGAGCGGGAGCUUCGGAUUCUAGUGGGCCACUAACUUUCUUGCAGAGUGCAGAGCGGUGCCCCCAUCAAGAGGGCGCUCUAGGCGGCUGCCUAUCUUACCUAUAGGCAGAACCGGCCCUGACAAAACCAAGAAAACAAUAGCAUGCACUCACCGCUUGUCUGGGAUCACCGGAAGGCCUCACGAGAU